AUGCUUCAACUGGAAACCUUCAAAAACGGCAUCCUUCAUCACAAGAUCCUACGAGCGAAGAAGCCAAGUUUUGGGGGCAAGAGCCAUCGGACUGUUGGUGAUAAGAGAAAGCCUUUCACAUCCGAAAUUACUGAGGAUAUAGCGAUACACUCGGUGGACAUAACGAAAAUGACGCCUCCGAAUACCUUUACAACAGCAGACCCAAUUCAGCAUACGGAGAAGUAUGGAUCAGUUCUACCGAUUCCCGAACUUGAAGAUAGUCUGGACGAGCUCGUCUCGAAGCUAGCAGCGAUAAUUAAUGUCAUUCGUGACGGAAAAAGCAUUUCGGAAGCUACGGCGUACUUGGCAAUUAAGGACAGGGAAGCGGAGAAUGUGGCCAUGGGUCAGAUGGGUUUCGAAGAAAAACAGAUAUGGACUUGUUAUAUCAAUGGCAACUGCAAGCUUCCUGACUUCAAUUGGGAGGUUAAUCAACUUCCCCCGCCUACCUCUAAGAGGCCGCUCAAGAAAUAUGGACGUCGCGCAGAAGCACUGAACCGACUAUACAAGACUGAUCAGGCUCAUGAAGGACACAUGGCCUGGAUUACACAGUACCACGCAUCAGAACUAUUGCCUAUCGUUAAGGCUAUAGAUCGUGUCAUCGGAGCCGAGAGAAAUCUUACUGCUGGACAUGAUGGAUUGUCGGCAACUAAAUUCGCAGACUUGCAGUCGAUUAAUCUGAUUUUGCGUAUCUCGGGUCAGAUAUGUAAAAGGGCUGAGUCUAUUGGCACAAGGAGGAAAAUUUCCGAGGCCCAGGCAUUGCUGGCGUCCCACCGACGUAGAUUGCAAGCCCAGAGGAUGAGGGUGGGAAACCAAGCUGGCUGA